CAAGGUUGGUGUCUAAAAGGUCACCAGUAUCCAACUCCAAGCAAAGAUGGUGCAAACGGCUAAAGGCUCGUCGUCGUCGCAGAACAACGUUUCUCACUCCGCUUCUCCGGCCACCGUCUCCGCCUCCUCCCGCAAACUAGUGUUGAGGGUUAAAUCAAGUGAGCAAAUGAAGAGAUCGGCGCAACAGACUAAGUCAACAAAGAAACCCAAAGCAAAGCAAAAGACGAGCAAACAAAGGAUUGACGCUAACAAGCCAAAGAAGCCCCCCACUGCCUUCUUCUACUUCUUGGAGGAUUUUCGUAAAGAAUUUCAAGUGCAGAAUCCAGAUGUAAAGACAAUGCGUGAUAUUGGCAAGUCAUGUGGAGAGAAGUGGAAAACAAUGACUUAUGAGGAGAAGGUUCAAUACUAUGACAUAGCAACAGAAAAACGUGCAGAAUUUGAUAGAGCAAUGACAGAAUAUAACAAGAAAAUGGAAAGCGGUGAAUUUGAAGAUACUGAUGAGGAGUUAGAGUUUUAUGAGUAAAGCCAUGCAAAUCAUUUUGGUAACUUGGAAACCUCGAUCUGUAUUAAUUGAAACUACCUUGGAAUUCAAAGUUGUAUAUUCAGUCUUAGUUAGCUCUACUUUGUCCUUGUGAAUAAUUAUAAUUUUUUUUUGUGUCAAUGUGUAAAGUACUUACUUUAGGUGUAUUUUGCAGCUUUGGGCUUAAUCAAUUGGGCUUAAUCAA